AUGACUACCUCAGAUCUUAACAUGCUGCUCGAGAUGGGCUUUGAGCAGGCGCGCGCUGAGCUUGCAGUAAAAAAGACUGGUGGUCUGCAGGAAGCAUUAAAUUGGCUCGAAGACAACCAAGGCAAGCCUCUUGAUGAGCUUCAAGCUAACCAAACAACCGCGGAUGCUACCGGAGCCGACGAGGAGGGGGCUGCAUCCAUUCCAUCAGGCGAGACCGCCUCCUCGCUCGUCUGCAAUGAGGAUCAUACGGAUUUCUCCGAAUCAACCGACGAGAUCGCGCCGCUGACCGAGGAGGAAAAGAAGGCGAAGCUGGAGAAUCUUCGCAAGAAGCUCAUGGAGAAGCGGGCGAACCAGUCAAUUGUUGAUAAGGAAGAGGCCAAGCGGAACGAGCAAAUUCGCCAGAAGGCCACCAAGGAGUCUCAGGACGUGAAAGAGGAGCUUCAGCGCAAGGAGCAGAUCAAGGAGGCAGCUAAGAAACGCCAGGAGAAGGCCGACGACCUUGAAGCGAAGAAGCGGAUCAAGGCCCGGAUCGAGGCUGACAAGCUCGAGCGCAAGCGCCGCGAAGAAGACGCUAAGGCGUUGCGUAGCGGCAACCCCUUGCCGCAGGCUACACCAGCCGCCGUGGUGGCUGCUACGGCUUCGGUAUCGCGAUCGUCCGCUGCUACCGCCCGGUUGAGGCUCCAGACCAACAAAGGGAACCUCAUCAAGUCGUAUCCUAGCGAGACCACGUUGUUUGAGGUGGCCCAGCAGAUCGAGGAGGAAGUAGGGCACCCGGUUAGCAGCUUUUCGACAACGUUUCCGAUAAAGAAGUUCGAUGUUGGUGUUGACUUUGGGCAAACGCUGGCGGAGGCCGGUCUUGUACCGAGUGCCGUGGUGGUGGUGAAAUAG